AAAACUCUGUCGGGUCUCCGUUCCUAUCCGGUCCCCGCCCUACUCGAGUAUACUCCUAUUUACACCACCACCAAUCCGACGGUCUUCUCUCUCUCUCUCUCUCUCUAAACCAGACACCAUAACAGAGAGGGAGAGAUAUAUAUAUAGAGAGAGAGAGACAGUAUAGAAACAAGCACCCAAGCAACGUUGCCUCCGCUACACUUGAUAAAAAUUGUUCAGUCAAGUGAAGAUUACUCCACAAUUAUCAUUUUCCCUCGUUUUUCUGAACUGGGUUUAUUUCCAAAUUCCCUAAUAAGUAGUGCAUGAGUUGAAUUGGACUAGAGCUCAGUUAGUUGUUUGAAAUUGGUGCUCUUUUAUGGAGGGCAAUUCAGGCACUGAUUCCAGAUCCACGGAAAACGGCGUGGAAUCACUCCAAUUGGGCGAGGAAAUUCAGAGGCUAGUAAUGGCGCCGGAAACUGGGAAUUCCUUUACAGCCCUUCUAGAACUCCCGCCGAACCAAGCGAUGGAGCUGCUACACGCGCCGGGAGGAAACGACGAGACGCCGCCGCCGUUUAACCGUCUCCUUCGCUCCCUCGACAGCACCCCGACUUUCCCGUCGAACGCCGCGCUGCUCGAGCGGGCGGCGGUGUUCUCGGUCUUCGCGGCCGAGAAAUCGUCGGAGACGAGCUUGAUCCCGGUGAAUUCGGUUGUGAAUUCGCGCGAGAGAGUGAAGCGGGAACCGGUGGAUACGGAUUCGAACCCUAAUUCGUCUAAUCCGAACAGCAAUCAGAAAUCAACUAAGCGAAAAGAGCGAGAGAAGAAGGGAAAAGGGUUGACGAAAAAGAGCAAAAGUAAGGCAAAUGAGACCUCAGACGACGGCGAGAAGCUUCCCUACGUCCAUGUCCGAGCUCGCCGCGGUCAAGCUACUGAUAGCCAUAGCUUAGCUGAGAGAGCUAGGAGAGAAAAGAUUAAUGCUCGGAUGAAGCUACUGCAGGAUCUAGUUCCCGGAUGCAACAAGAUUUCGGGUACAGCUAUGGUGCUGGAUGAGAUUAUUAACCAUGUACAGUACUUGCAACGUCAAGUGGAGUUCUUAUCAAUGAGACUUGCAGCUGUUAACCCAAGAAUUGAGUUCAACCUCGACAGUCUAUUGGCUGCAGAAAGUGAAUCUCCAGUGGACAGUAAUUUCCCAGGCACGGUAAUGCCAUUGAUGUGGCCAGACAGCCAAGUUAACGGGAACAGACCACACUAUCAACAAAUUUGGCAUUUUGAUGGACUUCAUCAGCCCGUUUGGGAAAGAGAAAGCCACAAUUUCAUUAAUGCAGAUAACUCAUUAUUAAGCUAUGACUCUCCAACAAAUUCAGCUGUGUUGUGUCUUCGUUUUAGACCCCCGAAAGAAAAUUAAUGUGGAAUUAAAGAGCUAAUUUGGGAUCUCUAUCUUGACACAGCAUCUCUGCUCUCAAAUCAGCUCAAAAUGGAGCUAUGAAGAUAUGGACUGAAGCCCACCAGUAGCUCCUAAUGUAUAUAUCAGAAUUAUAGUAGCAGCAGUUAGCAGAGAAGAGAGGGAGCCUUAACAUUCCAUUUGGGUUUCCAUGCCUUCCUAUUUACUAGUCAGCUGGAAAUCCAGAUUUAUAAUCUCAACUAGAGAUGAGUAAUUGAUAUAUUUAUAUAUUAGUUUCCUUUUUACUAACUCGAGAGGGUCACUCAAUCUGAUACUACACAUGUAUUGUUGGAAAACAUUGUUAAGUGAUGCCUUUUUGACUACAUGAUGGAAUUUAGCCUACUUGUUCAAA